GUUCUUCUUUUUACCGUAAAGACAUCUGAAAGGAGGGCAUUGAAAGUCAGCGUCAGAUCGCUUCACCACGGAGAAACGAGUGUCACUCAUCUUGGCCGCAGUACAGAAAGAACCGAACAAACACUCGUAUUAUGUCAGCCAUCUGUGUGCUGAGGUCUCGCUGCUUCCUCCGGCACGUCCUCCCCGGCCUGCCCGCCGCCAUGCACAGGAACUACAGCCUGGAUGUCACCGCUCCUCUGCUCCGUACGCAGGGCUACGUAGACGGCCGCUGGGUCACCGCUGCCUCGGUGUUCCCCGUCGUGGACCCGGCCACCGGCCAGGAGAUCGCCCGGGUGACGGACUGUGGCGCGGCUGAGGCCAAGCAGGCGGUGGACGCUGCGUACAAGGCGUUUUACUCCUGGAAGCAGUACACAGCUAAGGAGCGGAGCCUCCUGCUGAGGAAGUGGUUCGACCUCAUGAUUCUGCACAAAGACGACCUGGCCAAACUGAUCACGUUUGAGUGUGGCAAGCCCAUGCGCGAGUCUCUCGGGGAGAUCGCGUACGCCGCCUCGUUCCUGGAGUGGUUUUCGGAGGAAGCUCGUCGAGUUUACGGCGACAUCGUCCCGUCUCCUGCCAGAGACAGAAAGAUCCUCCUCCUCAAACAGCCAGUGGGCGUCAGCUCCAUCAUCACACCGUGGAACUUUCCCAGCGCUAUGAUCACCAGGAAGGUGGGAGCUGCUCUGGCCGCCGGCUGCACGGUGGUGGUCAAACCGGCAGAGGACACCCCGCUGUCGGCACUCGCCCUCGCCGAGUUGGCAGAGCAGGCCGGGAUCCCAGCAGGGGUUUUUAAUGUGGUUCCUUGCUCCAGAGAAAAGAUGCAGUCGGUGGGUGAGGUUCUCUGCACUGACCCCCUGGUGUCAAAGAUCUCCUUCACUGGCUCCACGGCUACUGGGAAGAUUCUGUUAAAAAUGGCCGCUGACACCGUGAAGAAGGCGUCCAUGGAGCUGGGUGGCCACGCCCCUUUCAUUGUGUUUGACAGUGCUGAUGUUGACAAGGCAGUGGGCGGAGCCAUGGGGUCCAAGUUCAGGAACUCUGGACAGACGUGCGUGUGUUCAAACCGCUUUCUGGUCCAGACCGGUAUCUAUGACCGCUUCGUUGAGAAACUGGGCCGAGCGAUGGACGCCGAGCUGCGCCUGGGUCACGGCUCUGACCCCAACACCACCCAGGGUCCGCUCAUCAACACCAGAGCCGCAGAGAAGGUGGUCCACCAGAUUUCAGACGCUGUGUCCCAGGGAGCGAAGGUGUUGAGGGGAGGGAAGCGUCUGGACGGAUCGUUCAUGGAGCCGACUCUGCUGACCGACGUCUCCACAGACAUGCUCUGCACCAAGGAGGAGACGUUCGGUCCACUGCUGCCCGUCAUCAGGUUUAACACAGAGGAAGAGGCUCUGUCCAUCGCCAACGCGUCUAAUGUCGGACUGGCAGGUUACUUGUACUCCCAGGACCCGGCUCAGAUGUGGCGGGUGGCCGAGGCACUGGAGGUGGGUCUGGUGGGCGUGAACGAGGGCCUGCUCUCCACCCCAGAGGCCACCUUCGGUGGCGUCAAACAGUCCGGGUUGGGCCGUGAGGGCGCGAAGUACGGCAUUGAUGAGUACCUGGAAGUCAAGUACAUGUGCUUUGGGGGCCUGACGCCCUGAGCCGUGACGCAGCAACACCCCCCCGUCCUGCAGAAGGUGCGCCAGAUCUUGAUGACACAGUGGAGCCAUAUUCAUCAUAACUCCUCCUCCUCAAACGCUGUAAUGAUUUUAAAACCCUGUAGCUACCUGAGACGUCUUUGUCCUGAAAGCGUAUCUCACCUCGAUGCGAAACGCGCAGAAAAGCUCUGACACAUUAUCGAAAAUUCCUAAAAAUGAUGUAGAGAAGAACAAAAACCACUGAUGCACACAGAGGGUGACGAAGAGCAUGACUGUAACUAACUGUAGCUCUGUGUUUGUGUACAGUUUGUCGUUAAACUGACGCCAAAACGGUGGAAAUUACGCUUCUUUUUUACGUUAAUAUUCUGGACUUUAGUUGCAACGUGUGUAUAUUACUAUUCUGUAGAAACACUGAAAAACGCAAAACAUUGCGAACUUUGGUCCCCAGUAAUGCCAGUGUGUCGGGCUCCUCCAGUGGACACGCCCCCAGUGUGCUUAACUUUACGUUUUAAAACCAAUUUUUUUUAACAAUAAGUGUCCUUUUUUCUAAAUGAAACUGGUUAGCAACAUGUUUUCUGGUCACUUUUCAGGGAGUCGCUCUGAAUAUAGAUUUUUAAAUCAAUCUGACGCCUGCAGCACCGUACGCUGCCUAAUGCUGUGAAUUAAAACGUAAAAUCAAACAGUUUCAGACAAACAUUUGUAGGAAUUUGUUCAUAAUUAAUCGUCCAGCACUUAUUUUAGCGUCCGAAUCAUGAAGCGCUUGUUGGUGAUUCUCUGUCGAUGUUUGUCAGGAAACUAAUCAGGGUCUUUUUUAUUUUCUCGUUUUGUUUAUAUAUGUUGACACUCACCUGCAGCUAAAUACGACCGACACUUUUGUAUUGACAAAGAAGUUACCAGGCUGUUCCUGUUAUGCAAAAAUGUAUUUGCUUAGGUUUAAAUAUUUCAGCUUGAACAACGAAAACAAUCAGUACAAAUUUCACACCUUGGGAAUUUGUAGCCACUGUGAACACUGCAAACGCAGCCCUACUUAUAUUAGAAAUAAGCCAAAUACUCUCAUUGAUUUUACCCUCAAGAGUUCCUUUAAAAAACAUACUUAUUUGUUCCUGGUGGCAGAAAAUCACCUUCCCAAAAACCGCUGUACAACAUUAUA